ACACGUGAGUGCAGUUUCUAAACUCGUUUCUAUCGCGGGGAAUCUGCACUAUCAUGAGCUCGGCCGCCGCCGCCGCCAAGACCCGCGCUUACGGGGACCUCCAGGAGGCCAUUAGUACCAAGGACUGCUACUGCCUUAAUGAAAACCCUAACAAGCCCUUCCGCAACCUCUUCAUGGGCGACGACUCGCUCGUGCUCAAGUCAGAUGCCGAUGAGCAACUGAUGCUGUAUCUGGAGUUUCAGGAUGCCGUCAAAGUCUUCUCGCUUAACAUUGUGGCGCCGCAAGGCGAGGAGGCCCCUCGCGUCAUUAAACUGUAUGUGAACCGCCCCCACCUGGGAUUUUCUGACGCUGGAGAUGUGGAUCCCACGCAGACCAUCGAACUUAAAGACGAAGAUCUCCUUCCCGAGAACGACGUGGAACUGCGCUUCGUUAAGUUCCAGCGCGUAAAGAGCCUCACCGUCUUCGUGGAGGAGAACAACGGCGCUGAGGAGACUGUCAUCUCUAGCCUCAAAUUCUUUGGCGAGCGUCUGGCCGGUACCAACAUGAACGAGCUCAAGAAGAUCAGCGACGAAUAAGAAAAAUGACCUUUUCAAGUCUCGCGUUCCCAAAUUUCGCGAGAUGCACCCAUUUUUCAUCUGAUAUAUAUUUCAUUUUACACGUCGAAGCGGUCAUUCGCUAGCACUUUGCUCUUGUUGCCUCCAUAUGUCAAAUAGAACGGAGUAUCUGGAUAUCGUCCUAGUGUAGUCAGCUGUGGCAACAGGUCGCGCUUGUUGCGAGGCACUCCUCGUUUCUUAUAGGGAUUCCGCCACUCGUCCACAUAUUCAGUGCCA